CACCCACCCAAUCCUUCUUCUUCUCCUUCUUUCUUUCUCUUUCUUUUUUUCCUGCCCUGGGUCUCCAUGGCUGCGACGAACCCAGCCUGCUGGAUCUCGACGGAACCCAGCCUGCUGGAUCUCGACGGAACCCAGCCUGCUGGAUCUCGACGGAACCCAGCCUGCUGGGUCUCGUUGAACCCAGCUUGGCUGGGUUUCGAUGAGACCCAGCAGGCUGGGUUCGACGAACCUAGCCUGGCUGGGUUUCCCCGAACCCAGCAAGGCUGGGUUCCGACGAACCCUGCUGAGUCUCGUCUAACCCAGCCUUGCUGGGUUUACCCGAACCCAGCUAUUGGGUUCGACGAGACCCAAGCUGGGUUCCAAUGAACCCAACUUUGCUAUUUCGAUGCUGAAUUCAUGUUUUUUCAUUUUUCUUUGGAUUUUCAUUUCUAGUUGUUAAUAAAUUUGAGAGUUGAUUUACAAUUUGAUUGUAUUUUUGUUGGAGUUUGAUUAGAGUUUGAUUGAUAUUGUUUAUUUUGUUUAUUGAAUGGUUAAUUUGAUUUAAUAAGAUUUACUAAGUUUG